UGGAGUCAAAGGCAGGCAGAAGGCACUUAAGAGUCAAUUGCGGCACGUGCGGUGCCUGUGCGUUGUUCGUAAGGAAGGAGCGAUGGUCGUCAUGAAUGGGAGGAAGGUGGGAUGCGCGGCGAUGGUUCGGCGAUAGAGGGGUAACGUCCGACCUUGAUGCACGACGUCCUCAACAGUCCCCGCCGUGCCCACUUGUUACCUAGGCUUCCAGCAUACGCGUGGACUCGGGUUCAGGUCAGUGAUCUGACUGAGGAACUUCUCAUACUGCUCCUUCCCUAUCUACUCGAGGCCGUCGCCGAUAUGGCCUAGCGUGAAGUAUUCGGUUUAUCAACGAAGUCCGUCGUCAACUCUUCCACGUCCGACGUUUUCAACAACUUAGAGUCUCCCACCAACACACAUCUCGUUAUCCCUAAGACGCGCAUAAACACAACCGCCCCUCUCUCUUUCCUCCGAAUAACUGUCGAGCUCAAGUCACUCCCGCCCAUCGAAAUGGAAUACGCCAAGAAAGCCGCCCGCCGCCUCUCCGAAGGCGAAAAGGAAGUCGAGAGAAAGCUCACUGUCCUCUGGCACGAACUCCCCUCCUGGCAACGUGACAACCACUUCAUUACCUCCGGCUACCGACCCGCAUCCAACUCCUACCACCGCUCUUUCCUCUCCCUCGGCCACCUCCACAACGAAACCGUAAACAUCUACACGCACUUGAUAGGCGCCGUCGUCGCCCUCCUCUCCUCCUUCAUCAUCUACUCCGUUCUCGGAUCCCGCUAUGAGUCCGCCACGCGCGAAGAUGUGCUCGUUUUCAGCUGUUACUUCCUCGGCGCCGUGGCGUGCCUGGGGAUGAGCGCAACUUAUCAUUUGAUAAGCAAUCAUUCGGAGCAAGUGGCUAUCUGGGGGAAUAAGUUGGAUUAUCUGGGCAUUGUGUUUUUGAUUUGGGGCAGCUUCAUUCCGAUUCUGUACUAUGGAUUCCAGAGCGAGCCGCAGCUUAUGAAGACGUAUGCGACCAUGAUUACUACGCUCGCUGCGGCCACGUCGAUUAUGUCAGUCCACCACAAAUUCCGGACUCCGGCCCUCCGACCUUUCCGCGCGCUCAUGUUCGUGCUCAUGGGUCUGUCAGCCGUGUUCCCCGUCUUCCACGCCGUCAGGCUAUACGGGCGCGAGCAGUGCCGCAAGUCCAUCGGACUGGACUGGGUUGUUUCCCAGGGUUUCCUAUACAUCCUCGGAGCAGGCUUCUACGCAGCACGCUUCCCCGAGCGCGUCAAGCCAGGAAAGUUCGACAUCUGGGGCUCCUCGCACCAGAUCUUCCAUGUUCUGGUGGUACUAGCGGCGGCGACGCAUCUCGUGGGCCUGAUCAAGGCCUUUGACUACGAGCAUAGUCAGAGGGAUGGCCUGGUGCAGUUUACAUUUCUGCAUAACGUGUGGCGGUGAUUUGAGCUCCUCUGUAUAUCGAUCCAUAGACUCCAACUCUGUACCACGUUCUUUCGUCGGCUCUCCGGGGCCCUCCUGACUCAACGUGGUGGUC